CUUUCAGUACGUCCCUCCCCUCCGCCUUCCCUCGCCUGCAGCCUCCAGAACACUUGUCUUUAUUUGGAGCUCCCGGAAACCCCAGCCACCUCUUUCGUUCAUGACUGACACACGGAGAGACUGAGCAGCAGCCUGUGUUUAUGUGUGUGCGCCUCCAUCCCCGUUGCUUCAUCUUCCGUAGACCUGCUCCUUUGAUAGCACCGGGUUUUCAUCGGAUCUGGACCAGGCCGUCACCAGACAGCAGGUAUUCAAGAUGGCAGAGGUGCAUGGAUUAAUGGACAGGUUGGAGAAAGCCGUGAUUCGACUUGAAACAGUCUUGUCUACGUCUUGCUUUUCAAAGUCUACAGGGAAUGAUGUUGUGAAUGGAAUAAAUGGAGGUUCUGCUCCAUAUGUGGAAGCAUUUGAUGCCUUGGUGACUGGGUCCUUGGAACAGUAUCUCAAAAACAGCAAGAUUCUUGGUGGGGAUGUGGAAACUCAUGCUACAUUAGUGGAAAAUGCAUUUAAAGCUGAAAGAGUAUUUUUGGUUUAUGCUUCCCAGCACCAGCAGCCCUCGGAGGCUGAGCUGGCAUUGCUCCUAAAACCCAUAUCAGAAAAGAUUCUUGAAGUACAGACAUUCAGAGAGAAAAACCGAGGAAGUCAAAUGUUCAACCACCUUUCGGCAAUAAGUGAAAGUAUUCCAGCUCUUGGCUGGAUUGCAGUGACACCUGCGCCAGGUCCCUUCGUGAAGGAGAUGGCAGAUGCUGCUGCAUUUUACACAAACAGGGUACUGAAGGACUAUAAAAAUAGUGAUGUGCGCCAUGUUGACUGGGUGAAGUCAUACCUGAGUAUUUGGAAUGAUCUUCAGGCAUACAUCAAGGAGCAUCAUACCACAGGAACUUCUUGGAGUAGUAUGCUAUCAGAAGCUAAACCUAAGGAUGCAACAUCAGCACCGAGUCAUCCUCCGCCACCUCCUCCACCCCCAGGACCUCCUCCCAGUUAUGAUAUUUUUAAUAGUAAACCCAAAGAUGACAUUUCUCAAGACCGAUCUGCAUUGUUUGACCAGCUGAACCAAGGAGAAGAAAUUACAAGAGGGCUAAAACAUGUUUCUGAUGAUCAGAAGACUCAUAAGAACCCUAGGCUUCGCGGCCAAGCACCAGUUCGAUCACCUACCAAAAGUCAUGUUUCAGGCUCCACCUCUAGUAAAUCUGCUACACGGCAGUCCUAUCCCCCUCUUCUUGAGCUGGAAGGAAAGAAAUGGAGAGUGGAGUACCAGGAGGGUGUAAAUGAUUUAGUGAUUUCUGAAACUGAGCUGAAGCAAGUAGCUUACGUUUUCAAGUGCAAGAAAACAACCCUGCAAAUUAAAGGGAAAAUAAAUUCCAUAAUAAUAGACAACUGCACUAAACUUGGCCUAGUGUUUGACGAUGUUGUUGGCAUUGUCGAAGUUAUUAAUUCUAAAGAUGUUCAGAUACAGGUCAUAGGCAAAGUGCCAACCAUUUCCAUUAACAAGACAGAUGGCUGCCAUGUUUACCUGAGUGAAAGUUCAAUAGACUGUGAGAUCGUAAGUGCCAAAUCAUCAGAGAUGAAUAUCCUCGUCCCAAACAAUGGUGAUUAUAAAGAAUUUCCUGUUCCUGAACAGUUCAAGACUUCAUGGGAUGGCUCCAAGCUAGUCACUGAACCUGCAGAAAUGAUGGGCUAAUCGGAUAUAGUAAUUGUGUACAUGCUUCAGCCUCGCCAGAUGGAGAACACCGACUGCGCUCAUGGCAUAUUGCAUGUACCCAUAGAGUAUGCAGAACAAAUAUCACCUUACUGUUCUUGUGGGCAUUUAAUGUGGCAUCAAAUCCUCCAAGAAACAACUUUUAAUAAAUCUGAGAUGUACAAAGUUUUACAAUAUAUCACAGAUCAAUCAUCAGGUAGAGCAUUGAUACUACCUAUUUGGAUUUCUAGAAUCUCGUUGGCAGCACACAUAUAUUUUGGCCCCUAGCAAUGAAAACUGAUCAAAGCAGAUCUGGUGCUGGGAGUAACAUAAUCCAUUGCUUCAAGCAGAAUCCUUCCCUGACUGUAGGGGGCAGCAUUUUAGCAGAUAGACAGACCAUCCUUUACAUUCUCCCCACCACAGAUCCAGAGUGGGGCCUCAAAUAAACUGACAGCUCCAUCUUGAAUACUGAAUUGCUCCUCAGCACAUAUUAAGCAUUUAGCAGUUGCCUGCAAACACAUCACUUAAAGGCUAUGUACACCUUUGGGAGCAAUUUUUUUUUACUCAUUUUGGGCUAAAAAUUCUUUUUUCAAAUCGGUCUUAAUUAAAAAUAUUCAGCCGUUCUGUCACAAAGGGUUAACUGUCUAUGUGUUUGAAUCGUACUUUCAUUUUGUGUCGGCCAUCUAAUAAAUCUUAACUCUAAAUUACUAAAAGGUCUCAAACACUUAUUUAAAGGUGGGUUUACACUAGUUGAGAAGAAGCCGAUUGUUGUGAAGGAAGCAUUCCUUCCCGACAAUUGGCUUCUCGUUCAGUGAAGGAGACCUCUGCAUCUACAUGGAGCUAUCUCCUUCACAAUAUAAAGACAGUGAUCCCUCAUCCCCAUACAGAAUCAUAGUUUCUGGACAGCAGAUCGCUGUUUAGACAGCACGUUCUGCUGCCCAGAAGCAAUAACUGAUGUGCCUGCAGGAACGGCAGGAUGACCCGAUGAACGAACAUUUCACUCAUUCAUCAGGUGAUCGGCAAAGUGUUCAAGGGAACGAUAAUCUGCCUUACAAUGGGGCAUAUAAAUCCAUCUUAAGCCACAUUCCUAUCAAUAAGAUACGAAUUGAGCUAUAAUGAGUGUUUAGAAGGUCAGAGAGCCGAGAUGAGGAGCAGUAAAAGUACAGAGCAGCUACUAGAGAAUCUGAAGGCUGUACAGAGAAAGGGGCUGAAAUUUUUUAAUAAAGACCAAUUAAAAAAAUAAAAUUUUGCUCAAAAAGAGUACAAUGCAACAAUAAAAAAAAUGCCUCCAAAAGGUAUACAUAGCCUUUAAAAUAUCUAUAUAAUUUCUAUAUAGAAGACAGAAAAAAUAAAAGCUUGCAUAUCAUUAAAGAAGUGAUUUUUGGCGCUGCUAUUUUUAAUUCUGUCUACAAUCAGAAACAUAAUAAAACAGGUUAGAAAAAAAGGAACAUCUAUCACUAUCUGGUUUAAAUUAGUAAAAUAAAUAUGGGGGAUACAUUCCCUUUAAUAUUCUAACUUGUAAUACUAUUACACAGGCAAAGGAAAAUGUUUAGAGCACUAUAUUACUUAGUAAUAUCAAACCCUCGUCACUCUUCAGCUCUGUGAGAACUACAAGUCCAGAUGAGAUGUCUAUGUGCUGUCACAAGAAAAGGGAGUAAGCUCCGCAGUCACCUGGGUACAUCACCCAUCACAGCUUAAGGAGGUGUAACCGAUGUCUUGUUGUUCAAGGCUUGCGGCUGUACAGAAUCUCAGUAUUAAUUGUAUAGCAAUAUUACUUAGACAUUGUAAUACACUAUUAGAUUAAGGUAUGUAUAGAGCUGUUAUGUGGUCACUGUAUGUUAGUAGUUGAUCACUGUAUGUUGGUAUUUACUUAGGGGUUGUGUAGCACUGUUACUUAAGCACUGUAUUGUAUCCUAUUCUUGCAGUAUGUGGUGCUAGAGGCACUGUAUAGCAUUGCUCUUUAGGCAACUGGAUAGAAGUGCUAUUUGGCCAAAGUAGGGCACUAUUAUUUAGGCAUCAUACAAUAUGAUGCUGUUAAUUAGGUAUUGUAUGCUAUGGUUAUUUGUACACUGUAUGACAGUACACUAUCGCACCAACAGAAAGUACAGGACAGGGCACCACUCAGUAUCAGGCCGUCCUGGCUGCCACAUAUGCCCACUACCACAUUUGGUAUGUAUGCUGGUCCAUUGGGGUGUUGGUUUGGGAGCACUGUUAUAGGGGUUUGUCAUUGUCUCCAGACUUAUAGGGGUUAUGCAACAAUUAAUAUGAUGAUCUCAAUCAGGGCAAUCUCUUUCUAACAAAGCCCUGUACCUCACAUGGAUCCAGAAAUGUCCCCAUUCAUUGGGCCAAUUGCUCUGAUAGAUUGUCUUCAGGCUGGCAGCUCAGGGGGUGUUUUCUUUCUGAUGCAGCCCUCUCUGUAACUGUCACAGUAGAUAUAGCUGGUGGCCGUUGAAGGAUGGAACUGAGCAUGUGCGACCAAUUCAGUAGGCCAACCAGCACAUUACUAUACAGAUUAAACACCUGGGAGCGACAUUACAGUAUAUUAAAGUAAAGAGAAUAUCUCAUAACUGUAGCAUUUUUGUAACAGAAAGUAAAUCACAAAAGUAACAGGUUUUUCACACUGAAUUAUACACUGAAAGAAAAUAUAAACACAACACUUUCGGUUUUGCUCCCAUUUUGCAUGAGCUG